UAUGUUCAGACUGUACACUAGGGACAUGGGGAGAGAACUGCCAGUCUAACUGCAGUGUGUACUGUUUGUUUAUGUAUGUCAUAUGUAUGUUCAGACUGUAGACUAGGGACAUGGGGAGAGAACUGCCAGUCUACCUGCAGUGUGCACUGUUUGUUUAUGUAUGUCAUAUGUAUAUUCAGACUGUACACUAGGGACAUGGGGAGAGAACUGCCAGUCUAACUGCAGUGUGUACUGUUUGUUUAUGUAUGUCGUAUGUAUGUUCAGACUGUACACAAGGGACAUGGGGAGAGAACUGCCAGUCUACCUGCAGUGUGUACUGUUUGUUUAUGUAUGUCGUAUGUAUGUUCAGACUGUACACUAGGGACAUGGGGAGAGAACUGCCAGUCUACCUGCAGUGUAUACUGUUUGCAAGGACCGUCAUCAUGUAACAUCGUCAAUGGUACCUGUUUGGGAGGUUGUAAGGAUGGCUACACAGGGGACCGAUGUGAACCAGCCAAAGUGAUUGGUCCACCAGAAUCACAAGUUGGCCUGAUUGCUGGAGUGGUCGUUGCUGUGCUGGUCAUCAUUGUUCUUGUUGUUGUACUGUUCAUUUUCCUCAGACGGAGGAAAAAGAAACCCAGCAAUUCUGCUAGGAGUGGUGAUGAAAUGCUAGCCAUCGCCACUACCCAGCUGCAGCGCAACUCUCUGAAUGAUGUCAACACAAAACCGGUGCCAGCAAAGAAGCCAGUUCCUGCUGCUGUAUCUACCUCUGCUAAAGGGACCACCUCUGCUACAGCGCCCACCUCUGCUACAGCGCCCACCUCUUCUAAAGCACCCACCUCUGCUACAGUAACCACCUCUCCUACCAGUGACAGCACACCCUCCGAGUACUAUAACGUUGUAGAUUUCACCACUGAUGGCCCAGCGGUGCUAGUUGAUGACCUGUGGGAAUAUGUCUGUAAGAAGAAAGCUGACGAAGGAUUUAAGGCAGAGUUUGAUAAACUGCUGUCGGGACUACAAGCCAAUCAUGAAGUAUCCAAAAUACCAGAAAAUAAACCCAAGAGCCGAUAUGUCAACAUCGUAGCCUAUGACCAUUCUCGAGUUGUGCUCAGUAUACUAGAUAAUGAUCCCAAUACCACAUACAUCAAUGCCUGUUACAUCCACGGAUAUAAACAAGAAAACAAGUACAUCGCCUCUCAAGGACCAACUCCGAUCAUAAUAAACGACUUCAUGAGAAUGAUUUGGGAACAGGAUUGUGGAAAGAUAGUCAUGCUGACCAACCUGAUGGAGGAUAUGAAGAAAAAAUGUGAGCAGUAUUGGCCAAAUUCCGGUUCUUUAGAGCUUGGCCUGAUCACGGUGACUCUGUUGGAUGAGGAGACCUAUGCAGACUUUGUCAUCAGGGUUCUGCAGUUGAGACAUGCCAAUGAAAAAGGGAGAACCAAAACUGUAAAACAGUUUCACUUCACGUCCUGGCCUGACCAUGGUGUGCCUUCGUUUGCCACACCUCUGCUGAACUUCCGUGAGAAGAUCUUGACUGCUCGGUCACCUCUGAAAGGGCCAGUGGUUGUCCACUGCAGUGCUGGAAUUGGUCGGACUGGUACCUUUAUUGGGCUGGACUACCUGAUAAACCAAGCUAAAAAGGAAGGACAUGUAGAUGUGCCUGCGUGUGUGACUCUGAUGAGGAAACAGCGAGUGAAUAUGAUCCAGACCCAGGAGCAGUACCAGUUUCUACACGAAGCACUUGUAGAAGCACUCAAACUCAGUGAGUGCUCUAUUCCCUCAGCAGAGUUCCAGGCUACAUACAAGAGCUGGGAGACCCCUGACCCCACCACGGGCAAAACUCCUUUGAAAGAGCAGUUUAAGGCAUUGCAGGAGAUGACUGUGCCCCUGAGAAAGACUGAUUUUAAAGCAGCUCUCCACCCUGAAAAUAAAUCCAAGAACAGAAGUGCCAAGAUUUUAGCAGCCGAUUCUAGCAGACCAUUCCUGUCCACUCCAGUCCCAGGGGGAAGUGAUUAUAUCAAUGCCGUCUUCCUGCCUGUGAGUACUUGUAGGACAUUUCUGUUCAUCUCUGAAGCUCCAUUUGCGUAUAAGAUGAAGAGAGCCUUUAUUCUGACUCAAACGCCCCUGCCAAAUACAGUACUAGAUUUCUGGCGGCUUGUUUUUGAGCAAAAUGUCAGCUCCAUAGUUAUGCUCAAUGUCCUGUCUAAAGACAAGCCAAACAAGUCGGCAGUGAAGUACUGGCCAGAAAGUGAAGCAGAGUUUGGGCCAUUUCUUGUGGAGACUUUGGAGAUAGAAGCAGGGGACAUGUGUGAUGUGAGGACACUACAAAUAACCUACAAAAAAGAGGAAGACAAGAAGUUUACAAUCAAACAGUUCCUGUGUAAGUUUUGGUCAGAUGGCACCCUGUCCUCCAGUGUAUCAACUGGAAUCCUGUCUGUACUGGAAGAAGUGGAACGUUGGCAGCAACAGAGUCAGAACAGGCCAAUCCUAGUUCACUGCCUAGACGGUGUUACAAAGAGUGGCUUGUUCUGUGUGGCCUCGUCUGUCCGAGAGCGACUAAAGGUGGACCAAGAAGUGAAUAUCCUGCAGACUGUCAAACAGAUGAGGAUCCACAGACCUGAAAUCAUCACAGAUCUGAUGUAUGUGGCAGAUGUCGUGAGAUUGGUGGUGUUUGACAGAUGUUGUGAGAUAGAUGGUGCAUGUAUGGCAGAUGUUGUGAGACUGGGGAUGUGUGAUACGUGUAUGGCAGAUGUUGUGAGACUGGUGGUGUGUGAUACGUGUAUGGCAGAUGUGAGGAUGGUGGUGUGUGAUACGUGUAUGGCAGAUGUCGUGAGACUGGUGGUGUGUGAUAUGUGUAUAACAGAUGUCAUGAGACUGGUGGUAUGUGAUAUGUGUAUGGCAGAUGUGAGACUGGUGGUGUGUGAUACGUGUAUGGUAGAUGUCUUGAGACUGGUGGUGUGUGAUAUGUGUAUGGCAGAUGUGAGGAUGGUGGUGUGUGAUACGUGUAUGGCAGAUGUGAGGAUGGUGGUGUGUGAUACGUGUAUGGCAGAUGUCAUGAGACUAGUGGUAUGUGAUAUGUGUAUAACAGAUGUCAUGAGACUGGUGGUAUGUGAUAUGUGUAUGGCAGAUGUGAGACUGGUGGUGUGUGAUAUGUGUAUGGUAGAUGUCAUGAGACUGGUGGUGUGUGAUAUGUGUAUGGUAGAUGUCCUGAGACUGGUGGUGUGUGAUAUGUGUAUGGUAGAUGUCCUGAGACUGGUGGUAUGUGAUAUGUGUAUGGUAGAUGUCAUGAGACUGGUGGUAUGUGAUAUGUGUAUGGUAGAUGUCAUGAGACUGGUGGUGUGUGAUAUGUGUAUGGCAGAUGUCGUGAGACUGGUGGUAUGUGAUAUGUGUAUGGUAGAUGUCCUGAGACUGGUGGUAUGUGAUAUGUGUAUGGUAGAUGUCAUGAGUCUGGUGGUGUGUGAUAUGUGUAUUGCAGAUGUCAUGAGACUGGUGGUGUGUGAUACGUGUAUGGUAGAUGUCUUGAGACUGGUGGUGUGUGAUAUGUGUAUGGUAGAUGUCAUGAGACUGGUGGUGUGUGAUAUGUGUAUGGCAGAUGUGAGACUGGUGGUGUGUGAUAUGUGUAUGGCAGAUGUCGUGAGACUGGUGGUGUGUGAUAUAUGUAUGGCAGAUGUGAGACUGGUGGUGUGUGAUAUGUGUAUGGCAGAUGUCAUGAGUCUGGUGGUGUGUGACUGA